AUGGGUGUGUGCCAGUCGUGUUGCGGAGGCAAGUCCCGCGAUGGCCUCUACGAGCCCCUGCUCCAGGAAUCCGAGCGCGAGGCCGUUUCCGACCUGCUGCAGUAUCUAGAACAUCGCGGAGAGACCGACUUCUUCUCGGGCGAGCCGCUUCGAGCCUUGAGCACACUCGUCUUUUCCGACAAUAUUGAUCUUCAGAGAAGUGCAAGCUUGACGUUCGCAGAGAUAACCGAGCGAGAUGUACGAGAGGUCGAUCGAGAUACCUUGGAGCCCAUCCUGUUCCUCCUCCAGAGCCCCGACAUCGAGGUCCAAAGGGCCGCCAGUGCAGCUUUGGGUAAUCUGGCCGUCAAUACCGAGAACAAGGUUCUCAUAGUACAGCUCGGAGGGCUCACACCACUGAUCCGCCAGAUGCUCUCACCUAACGUGGAAGUUCAAUGCAAUGCUGUCGGAUGUAUCACAAACCUCGCUACGCACGAGGAUAACAAAGCAAAAAUUGCAAGGUCGGGCGCACUCGGCCCUCUAACACGGCUUGCAAAGUCGAGGGACAUGAGGGUGCAGCGGAAUGCGACCGGUGCUUUACUGAAUAUGACACACUCUGGUCAGAUCCCCUUCACAGCUCUCGACACUCUUCAUAGUCUACAAGAAACAGAGACUAACCCCACAACAGAUGAGAAUCGUCAGCAGCUGGUCAACGCCGGUGCCAUACCCGUGCUGGUGCAACUUCUCUCUUCCCCAGACGUCGAUGUCCAGUACUACUGCACCACCGCUCUCAGCAACAUUGCAGUGGACUCCAAUAACCGACGGAAGCUCUCAUCGACCGAGACAAAGCUCGUCCAAUCUCUUGUGAACCUGAUGGAUUCGUCAUCUCCCAAGGUCCAAUGCCAGGCUGCUCUGGCGCUACGCAAUCUGGCUUCGGACGAGAAGUACCAGCUUGAUAUUGUUAGAGCUCAGGGGUUGAACCCAUUGUUGCGUCUCCUGCAGUCCUCGUACCUACCACUCAUUCUUUCGGCGGUUGCUUGCAUACGGAACAUCUCAAUCCACCCAAUGAACGAGUCCCCUAUCAUCGAGGCCGGGUUCCUGAAGCCGCUGGUGGAUCUGCUGGGAUCAACUGACAACGAAGAAAUCCAGUGCCAUGCGAUCUCGACUCUGCGCAACCUUGCCGCCAGCUCGGACCGGAACAAGGCGUUGGUGCUAGAGGCCGGCGCCGUGCAGAAGUGCAAGCAGCUGGUCCUGGAUGUGCCCGUCACGGUUCAGUCCGAGAUGACCGCCGCCAUCGCCGUUCUGGCCUUGUCGGAUGACCUCAAGACUCACCUGCUGAACCUUGGCGUCUUCGAUGUCUUGAUACCCCUGACUCACUCCCCCAGCAUCGAGGUCCAGGGCAACAGUGCUGCAGCUCUGGGUAACCUGUCGUCUAAAGUUGGCGAUUACUCCAUUUUCAUCCAGGACUGGCUAGAGCCCAACGGCGGCAUCCACGGCUACCUGAGCAGAUUCCUUGCCAGUGGGGAUGCCACCUUCCAGCACAUCGCCAUCUGGACAUUGCUGCAACUGCUCGAAUCCGAGGAUAAGACGUUGAUCGGCCACAUCGGCAAAUCGGAUGACGUAGUCGAUAUGAUCAAGCAGAUUGCGAAUCGCCAAAUUGAGCCCGACAACGAAUUCGGGGAAGACGAUGACGAAGGCGAGGUUGUCAACCUUGCACAACGUUGCCUCGAGCUACUAGGACAGAGCAUGUCCAAGGCUCACAUUGAGGGGUGA